CUCACAGUUGAUGCCGACGAAAUCCGACGCCUGGGAAAGAGAUUCAAGAAGCUGGAUCUGGACAACUCUGGCGCCCUCAGCAUCGAUGAGUUCAUGUCACUCCCAGAACUGCAGCAAAACCCCCUUGUGCAGCGUGUGAUCGACAUAUUCGACGCAGACGGCAACGGCGAGGUUGACUUCAAGGAGUUUAUUCAGGGUGUAUCGCAGUUCAGCGUUAAGGGUGAUAAACUGUCCAAGCUUAAGUUCGCCUUCCGAAUAUACGACAUGGACAACGAUGGCUACAUCUCGAAUGGAGAACUUUUCCAGGUGCUAAAAAUGAUGGUCGGUAACAAUCUGAAGGACACCCAGCUGCAGCAAAUCGUCGACAAAACAAUUGUGUUCGCCGACAAGGAUGAAGACGGGCGAAUCUCGUUUGACGAAUUUUGCAACGUAGUCGGCAACACCGAUAUUCACAAAAAGAUGGUGGUCGAUGUCUAAGCAAGUAAAGUGCGCAUAGCGUUAACAUCUAAA